AUGAACAUGGGCAAGCGGCCCAUAAGCCCGCCCCCCACCCCACCCCAGGUGCUGGAAAACAGGGCUGUCUUUGUGCCCCCAGAAGUCAAUGAAAAUUCUCUUAAGAGAUUAAGUGCCUACUUAGAAAACCUCCAGAAACCAGGCUUCAAGUCUUUGAAACCAACCCAGCUUAUGUUUUAUGUGAGAGAAACAGACCAGAACUCCUCUGAUGGCCAGGAACACUUCAGCACUUCCGGAUUUCGAGCAGUCAAAUUUACUUUGCACACCAGAGAUCUGCUAAGCACAGUGUUAUAUAUUCUCAACUCCUGCAGUUUAUCUAUUGAACAUAUCCAAAGCUUGAAUACUAAUGUGCACUCCCAGCCUCUCAAAGAGGCCAAAAGGAUAUCAGACAGGCCCAUCAAAUGGGACAAGUCUUACUACUCCUUUACUGGAUUCAAGGACCCUGAUGAAGACCCCGAGCAAGUCUGGAGAAUGGAAACAACCCUAACGUAUUGUGUCCAGAUGAACAAAAACUUGGGAAUGUCUGACCCACCUUUUGGUGUAGAAAAAAAGUGGGAUUGGAGGAGGCUGAUGCUUCUGGAGGACCAAAUAAGCUAUCUUCUAGGUGGCAUCCAAGUUGUUUAUAUCGAAGAAUUACAGCCAGUGUUGACACUUGAAGAAUAUUACUCUCUUCUCGACGUGUUCUAUAAUAGACUCUUGAAAAGCCGAAUACCUUUUCACCCUCGAAGUUUGCGUGCUGUACAAGGCGCCACUGGUAGAAAGAUGAAGGCCUGGUCCCCAGGCUCGCAGGAGACGCAGACGCCCUCAGUGUCAGGGGUGGUGGACGGACAGGGGUCAUGCGUGAGAGGAGCCGAGGCUGAUGCUCUGGGAAGGGAACAGGAAGCAGAGGCUGUGGUGGAGGAGGCCGAGGCUGAUGUGUCCGGGGAGGAGGCUGUACAAGGCGCCACUGGUAGAAAGAUGAAGGCCUGGUCCCCAGGCUCGCAGGAGACGCAGACGCCCUCAGUGUCAGGGGUGGUGGACGGACAGGGGUCAUGCGUGAGAGGAGCCGAGGCUGAUGCUCUGGGAAGGGAACAGGAAGCAGAGGCUGUGGUGGAGGAGGCCGAGGCUGAUGUGUCCGGGGAGGAGGUGCACGCGCUGGCCCAGCUUGAGCAGGGACAAUGGGGGCUGCCCGAGCAGUCUGGCUGGAGCGGCAAGGCUGACUGGCACUGCCAGGUCCCUCAGGAGGAGCAGGAGGGGUGCCACCCCUCCCGGUUCUCACAGCAGUACCCGGACUGGGGCAAAGUCAGCUCUGCCCCCUGCUGA